GAUGCUGAUCGUUUACCCUCAGACCAAGACCUACUUCUCCCACUGGAAGGAUCUUGGCCCCAGCUCUCCUUCAGUGAGGAAGCACGGAAUAACUGUGAUGAAUGGAGUUGCUGAUGCUGUGGGCAAAAUCGACAACCUGACCGCUGGUCUCCUUAACCUCAGUGAGCUGCACGCCUUCACUCUGCGAGUGGACCCAGCCAACUUCAAGAUUCUCUCCCACAACAUCCUUGUGGUCAUGGCUAUCCUGUUCCCCACUGAGUUCACCCCUGAGGUCCACGUGGCCAUGGACAAGUUCCUGGCCUCCCUGGCUCUGGCUCUGGCUGAGAAGUACCGA